UUUCUCAGGCGUGUGGUACCCGCAGGAACGGGCUCAACAUGGCGGAAACACUCGCCUGUUUUUCAGUUCUCACGGUCUCUCUGUCCCGCUGCAGCCUCAGAUUAUUAUAAAGUUUUCCGGAGAGUCACCAUGUCGACAGCGCUGUUUACAUGAGAUGAGAGACAGUAAAACUCCCGCGAACAUGAGCGACUCACGCGCAGCGGUCCAGUGGUCUCCCCCCUCCCCGAACCUGCCCGCGGACCAUGUGCUGAACUCUGGAGCUGUCAUAUUCCCUGGUGCUUUUGAUCAGCAUGGAUGUCCUCUGGUCAUAUUUCCUGUGGAAUCUCAGUGCAAACUAUCACAGGAGGUCAGCAGAGAGGAGGUGUCCCACUUCAUACACUACUGCCUGCGCCUACACAAUAUAAAAGGAGAGGCGAGUCUGCUGUCUGUGGUCGUAGAUCUGAGGCAAGCGAACGUCAACAUUGCACGGUUUAUCGCCGAAACGCUUCUGUUAUUAGAGUUCUGCAGGAGGAUCAUCCAUUCAGUGUAUAUCGUUCAGCCAAAGAAGAAAGAUGUUUUAAAGCAGCUGGGGAAGUUACUGACACCAAAUGGCUCCGAACAGCGCAGACCCGUCCUCUUCAAACAUGUUUUCCUCAAAGACGUUUUUGAACUUUCCAACUACAUCGACAAGAGCCAGUUAACCUCUAGUUUGGGAGGAUACCUCAUGUACUGCCAUACGAGCUGGGUUACCUUCAUUAAGGAGAUUGCUGGAUUUGUGCAGGAGUUCCUGUCAGUGGUGAGUAGACUGCCGUCCUGUAUCUCGACUCUGCAGUCGCUCGCUAAACUACCUGUACCUGCAGACUUUGAGCGGUUGCAGGAGUUCUGCUCUGUGAAUGAGGCCCGGUUCCAGCAGCUCAGGAGGGAUCUUUGUUUGGAUGACUUGCUGAAACGCUGUGAGUGUUUAUUGGAGAAACUGCGUUUCCCAGAAAAUUAUCCGUGCUUUCAUGCAAUGGCUGGAACGGUCCUCUUCACGCACACCGCGCUGGAGAUGCUCCACAAUUAUAACCGGAUAACUGCAGCGGUGGAGAAAGUGGAGCUGCUGUGGCAACAGGCCAUUUUCAAAGCUCGCCUUCAAUUACAAAUCCUUCUUCUACAAAGAGAAGCGCAACAGAUACAAGAGCAGAUGGUUACGUUUCACAGAGAGAAGCUGCAUCCAUACAGGAUUCACAUUGCUAAAGAUGCUCAUGUUGCUGAAACACUGAGGCUGGAGUUUGAGGCAUCCAUAUACUCUCAUGCAAUGGCGCUGGUUCGCCGUGCUGAAGACGUCAUUCACACAUUAGCGGAGACAGUUCCGUUUACGGAGAGCCGUCCCAGAGAGCAGUGGGUUGAAGAUCUGGAAAGACUGAAGGAGAACCUCUGUUCUGCUGUUCAGCGUCCUCAUCAGACUCUGAGAACUGUUUCAGACUUUCACUACACCUGCAACAGAUGCAAGAACUGGUACAACCUAGUGCUAUGUGAGACCUUCCUGCAAGACCUGCUGUGGAGUGGAAGUUGUGGGUGUCCGAGUGAGAUCAGCUCUUCUCCAGACAUGUGUACAGGCCUGCCAACAUGGAGACGAGUCAUCGAGACCUUCCUCAGGAGAAAUCCCUGCCCUGAGGUGCAAGAGCUGGUGAAGCUGGCACAUCUUGCUAAUGUUAUUACUGACCCCUACCUUCAGCAUACUGGCAAACAACUGUCGCACAGAUGCAUGACUCUACAGAGACUGUUGACCUCACCUGGGUCUGUGCCCCUUCAAGACCUUCAGCUGGCACUCCAGUGGCAGUAUGAGAACCUUAAGGGCAACCACAAUUCCUCUGAGAUUGACCAGAUAAAAUGCAGUAUCCCUCAAGACUCUGGCUUUGCAUACAACUCUAUCCCCUGCAGACGUUCACCUUCUCAGUGUGAGAUUUUGUCCGAUUUAGACAAAUGGCCUUCAGUAGGGGAUUGUCACCAUCAGGCCUCCUCCAGUGGGGCUCCCGGGAUGGUGUCUGCUACAGGCAAUCCCCCCUCUCUCAGCUCAUUUGACUCUGGAUUUGAUGGAGCAGGAAGCAGUCACUUGGAUACCAGGAAUAUGGGGGAUGGAAUUCCAAGGUUUCUGGUAAAUGGAGACUCCACUUUAGAACUGAAACCUCUACGUGCACAAAUUCACGAGCAGAUAUUUGUGAGCAUGUCUGAUUCUGAGGAGCAACAUGAACUGGAGUUUAGUUUAAAGAGGGAUGCCACUCGGGCCAGUAUUCAGAUUGUUCCCAAAAUAACCUCAGAUGCUUUGAACCUUGAGAUCAAGGUGAAACGGUUCGCUAUACUACCAAAGAACCCCUGGCUUAGCCUCCCUAUAGAUGAUUUGGAGAGCUCUUAUACAGUUACAGUUACACCCAAUUCUUCUAACCAGCAAAGAGACCUGAAGAGCCCCAGUCUUUCAGAACACUCAUAUCGAACAGACCAAUCCUAUGGGUCACGAGAUCAACCUACUCAAACUGAUAGCUUGGGGUGCGCUCACACAAAAGAUACCAAGAGCAGUAUCUUCCAGAGUCAAGAUACCUUUGAGGACUCAGAGUUGAAUCCCAUUGGGAAUGUACUGUCUAGUACCAUAACUGAUGAGGACAAACCCAGCAACACGGUGGACGGUGAGUCAUCUCUUCUGUGGGACACAUUUGAUCUCCACAACUUUAGAAGCGACUCUUUUGAAAGGUUGGAAUUCUCUAUCAAUGACUGGAUUCAGAGAGAACAACAAGAGCUUAAAGAGGUGGAGGAGACUUUAGAUCGAGCUGCUGAGAUACUGCUGGAGGAAGAGACCAUUCUUGCAGAGGAAGUGCUCCUUGAUGAGCUGUUAAAAAUGGAGGACUUGCACGAACAUCGGCCCUUAUACAGUGAAGAUCAGCACUGUGUAAUGUCACCAAAAGAUCCAGCUGAAUCUGGUGUGAUUGGAUUGGGCAAAGAUAGUGAACACUCCACCGUAGACUCUGAGAUUUUGAAAACAAGUGACAUUUUUGAAAACUCUUCCACAGGAUUAGCCACUGAAAGCCUUGAUCAUGUGAAUGAACCUGUGCAGCUGGACACAAGACCUCCUAAGGUGGACAGAAGUGGUAUCCUUCAGGAGCUUCGAGGUCUUGAAGAGAAAAUAGAGACUUUGAAACUCGAUGCUCUGCACUGCAGUGAGGCUGAGGUGUUUCUCUCUGAACACGUAUCACAGGCUCAUGUCAUGACACCGAGCUCCUACAGGGAGAGCAGGCUGUUGCAUACUCCACUGGACGAGGAGAAACUGGAAGUGGAGAAGGUGGAGCGAAGCCUGAUCCGAGAAAUGGAGAAAGAUGGAAAUGUGAGCAAGAGGUUGAGCAAAACUCACAAAGUUGUGAAGUGUUCCAUCAUGGAGAGGAACUCUAAGCUGAAAGAUCUGGAUGAUGAGCUGUUGAGAAACUGCAGGCUCAAUCAGCAGAGCUUUCGAAAUCUUCAAUACGAUCAUUACAAACCUCCAUCGAUUCCAGCCACGGAGCAAUGGAACCCUCAAAAACCUCCAUGUUCAGCAUCUGAAGAAUCCAGCCCUGACAUUACUCAAUGUUACUCAUCUCAAAAUUGUUCCAUUGUCACUUUAGAGGAGUGCACCAGUCACAUACCUUCAAAUCAAGAAGCAAAGCAAGACUCAAUUUUGAUUUCUGGUCUUUUAAGUACAGCAAACACCAUUAAAGUACCUCCUAACAGAGCAACAAAUAACAAUGUCAAUGCCCGAAACAUAAGUUUGUGUUCUGAACCUUCAAAUACAGAAGAUGCAAGUAAAGUACCUGCAAAUGAAGAGCCCAGUCCACAAAACUCAAAUUUAGUGCCUGGGCCUUUGAGUGCAACCGUUCCAAGCAAAUCCGUUCCUAACAAAGGUCAGAGUGAGAACUCUGAGGUGGAGACUGUUGAAGCAUCCUCAACCCAGAAGACCAAUCACGAGCAAAGUGAAUUUGAUCCUGGUGGCAUGUUACUUGUAUCUCCAGUGCCUGCACCAAGAAGUGUAUUUCCUUUUGACAGCAUGCAAGCACACAAUCAUUCUGAGAAAAGUCCAUCAGCAGCUGAAAAUGAAGCAAGACAAGGACGAUCGGUAUCAGUCUCGUUUGACAACAUAACCCUAAAACCCAGCAAGCUAACAAACCCUCUAAGCAAGUCUCAAGGACUGCAUAUGCACAACAAUAACACAUCCCCUCCUGUCCAGCCAGUGUUAUACAAUGAUAAUUCUGCAACCCUAGAGAACAUUAAAGAAUCCUCUGCAGAGAGAGAAGACUCUGAUAAAGCAUUGAGAGUAAAAGCAAACACUCUUGAGGUGACUGGGCAGUACUCAAGCCAUGGGCAGAAUGAAGGUGAUGUUCCCUACGACGGUGGAGGUUCCACAAGGGCUGUCUGGAGAUCUCCACUUCACCAGCUCCAAAUGCACACUUUCUCUAGACAGAUGACCGAUUAUAAGACCGCUAUCGUGUUGGACACUGGGUCUGGUUUGAUGAAGGCAGGAUUUGCAGACCAGGACCUUCCAACUACUGUAUUCCCCACUGUCAUUGGGCAUCCAAAAUAUGAGGAAAUAAUGAAUGGAAGUUUGGACAGAGAGGUGUAUAUUGGGCAUGACGCACAGCACAUGAGAGGAGUGCUAACACUGAAAUAUCCCAUAAGGAAUGGAGUUGUACGCAGCUGGGAUGAGAUGGAGAUGAUCUGGCAUCAUGCGUUCCAGCAGCUCGGUGUGGACUCCGAAGAUCAUCCGGUGUUGCUGACUGAAGCGGCCAUGAAUCCGAUGGAGAACCGGCAGAGAAUGGUGGAGCUGAUGUUUGAGGCCUUCAAUGUCCCCCUCACGUUUGUGGCCAUGCAGGCGGUUCUCGCUCUCUACGCCUCAGGACGAACCACAGGUGUGGUGUUGGACUCAGGUGAUGGUGUGAGUCAUAGUGUGCCAGUGUUUGAGGGGUACUAUCUCCCUCAUGCUGUGCAGCGCUUCCAUCUCGCCGGAGCCGACGUCACCCUGCAACUUCAGAAGCUGCUGCUGGAGCAGGGUGUGUGCAUGCGCACGUCUGCAGAACAGGAGAUCGUGCGGGAGAUAAAGGAGAGCUGUUGCUAUGUGGCUCUGGAUUAUGAUGCUGAACUCCGGAGUGGAGGAACGGUCUCCUCACAGGUGCACUACACACUACCUGACGGACGACUCAUCUCACUCGCCAGCGAGCGCUUCAGGGCACCUGAAAUCCUGUUCAUGCCGGAGCUGAUUGGACGAGAUAAUUAUGGGAUACAUGAGAGCGUUUUCAAAUCCAUUCUCCAAUCAGACAUUGACCUGCGGCGGAGUUUGGUGGGAAAUAUUGUUCUGUCAGGUGGGAACACGCUGUUGUCUGGACUCCCAGAGCGACUGCAGAAGGAGAUGAGAAACAUGGUUCCUGCAAACCUGACGGAGUGUGUGAGAGUGACGAGCCCGAGCGACCGAGACUUCUCCGUGUGGUGUGGAGGAGCUGUGAUGGCCAACCUGCCCGCCUUCUCCAGCACCUGGAUCAGCACAGAGGAGUAUGAGGAGUUCGGCCCGCAGAUUGUGUUCAGGAAGUGCUUCUGAGCUCAAAGCUCUAAAUGCUUUCCUCAGGACUGAUUUUGAUGCCGUUUUAAUCAGGUUUGCCUUUUGCAAUUCAGUCUUUUGAAAAAGGCUUUUUAAAAGUUUUUAUUUGUUGCACUUAUUACCUGGUGUGUUUUGAUGUUGUCUGCAUCACAGUCAGGUUUCCAAGAGAAAAUGCGCUUUUUUCUUUUUUUUAACAAGCUCUUAAUGGUAACAUUGGUUGUAUCGGUCACGUUAUUUAAUUAUAAUAUAAUCAUUCCAUCAUGUCUAAUAUAUAUUUUUAUAUGUCUGUCUGCGUAUAUAAAUUUAUAAGCUGUAAGUGUAACCUUUUCAGUGUUUGUGGGCGCGUGUCUGACCUCCGUUAGGUAAUUUUGUAUUUUCAUUGAAACGUGAAUGCAUUGAUGGUAUUUCACACUUAAUGUGCCACAUAAUCAUCUGUACAAUGUUUCAUGUAGAAUCAGACUCGAAAUGGUUAUGAGCGUUUAUCUUGCAAGGGAUCCUUUUCUCCUACAUGUGUGCAAUUUCUUGUCAUUUAGUUUUUUGUGGGUUUUUCCUUGCAUCUUUUGUUUUGAUUUGGCUGAGCAGAAUAAUUUUUCUACUUGUGAGUGCCACAUUUCACUUCAUCUCCCUUGUUUUUGUUUUUGCUACACCUGGGUUUGGCUUUUUUUACUUUUAAUCUGAGGAAAUGGUUUUGAAAUACAUACAAAUGGAUGACACUGAUCCCUCUCUUGAUGUAAAUCUCACAGACCCCUGCAGUACUUGUGAAUUCACCUUAAUUUGUGUUUUUCUUUCUUUUGAAUGUACGCCGGUGCUUAUGUCCACAAUGUAUGAAUGCACCAACUGUAAGGAUGUGGGGGUUUAGUCUUGUGUACAUGUUUAUUAGCUGAAGUUCAGGACAUAAGAUUAAAAUCCUGUUAUGUGUUGCUCAACAUAAGUGCAUUAAUGCACCAAGAUCCCAAGCACAAUCUAUCAUCAGCAUCUGUUAGACCUGGUAAUGUCCUAACCUUUUUACAAUAAAUAUUAAUU